AUGCGUCUCUCCGACAUUUCUCUCUUCUUGGGACUGGGAGCUCUCGUGGCCGCCAAUGUCGAUGGCUCCGACGAUGCGUGCCUAUCAGAGUGGCAGGUCUGUCCGCCGCUGAAGCCGCUUGUGGACGCGAUGUUGGGAUUCUCGAACAUCAAGGAGAUCUGCCAGCAGAUCGAUCCUGAAGCUCGCGGCCCUGCCACUGUCACGAUCACCGACUCUCUGCCUGUCGCCACGAUCACGACUACCAGCUACCGCACCGUGGGCAGCUUUGUUACCCGAACAUCCUCUGUGGUUGCUGUCGUCACCCAAUCCUCUCAGGCCGUCGUCACCAAUCGCUUUUCCUCCGCUGCUAUCCAGUCGGUGCGGGUGACGGCCACGGCGAUUGACACUGAAACCGUGCCCAUCACUGAGACCAACACUGUCACUCAGACCCAAAAAGCAACUGUCACGCAAACUUCCACCCUGACCACUGAGGAAGUAAUCAGCCAAACGGUCACGACAACCGUCACCGUCACUUCUGCCAGCCCGGCCGUACCCACCAUGAAGCGCAGAGGCGUUGACCUGCCUGAGAUGCUGCAGUCGUAUUCCGAUGAGGAUCUGCUUGAAGCGUGCUGGUGCGUCGAGUUUGACACUGUCACGGUGACCACCACACUGCCACCCACCACUCAAACGCAGACCAUUGUCAUCGCCUCGACUGUGCCGUCGAGCGUGGCUGUUAUCCGCACCAUCGAUGAGACUGACACCAUCGUCGGCACGACCACCGUGGAUCUCACCACUAUCAUCACCCAACUCUCGACUGUGACUACUACUGCCACUUUGACCGAGCAAACGACCGUCUACGCAACGGUUGAUCAAACCGCGGAUGUCACGGAUUUCCAGACCGUCACAGCUACAGCGACCUUCGUGGACGAGUAUCUAACUGUCACCGUGCCUGUCACGGCCACCACCACCGUCACCCCGGCUCCAACCAACGUCCUCGGAAAUGCUGGUUUUACGGGUGGAACAAUAUCCCCCUGGACAAGGACUCUCAAUUACUUCUACCAGAAUCUCGACAGCACCUGCAAUGGCAUGAUAUAUACCAGCAGCAACUGUAUAUACUUUUCGGAUUUCACUGGGGGAAGCGUCGGCACCUUUACCCUCACGCAGACGAUCAACACCUACGUGGGACAAUAUUACUCUGUCCAGUUCCAAUAUAUGUUCCCGUAUGCCGUUCCUUCAAUGAGCACCUUCAAAUGCACCGCCGGCUCAACGACUUUCCCCAUCCCAACGAAUAUUAUUGGGUCAUUUCAGCCUGUCUCUGGAGGUUUUACCGCCACAGCUUCUACUACCACCUUUACUUGCUCUGGUCAGGCAACUGCCAACAAUCUUUAUAUAUUUUUCUAUGGGUUUGAUAUCCGCGCUGCAUCGAUAAACUGA